AUGUCGCUGCGCCGUGUGGCCAUUCGUCGUCACAGCGACCAUCUGGUGGCCGAAACCGCAGAGGAGGCAAUGGCCUCCUUUGCCGCGCAACUGGCGGCCGAGUUCGGGAGCUCGGACAGCAACCCACACCGGGUGAGUGCGGGACGUUCGGUGAUGGCUCUCAGCCCGGCUGAGCCCGAGCCGGGUUUCGGGGGACGAGAAG